AUGGACGCCCAACUGAGACCCCUCUUCGAAGCGGCCGUGAAGGAGAAGAAAUUGGCUGGGGUUGGGUAUUUCAUCGUCGACAAGAAGGGCAACUUCCUGUCCAAGGGAGCAUUCGGCACAACUCAUCUCCAAGAUCCCGACGCCGCCCAAUUUGACCUCGACACAACACUGCCAAUAUUCUCAUGCACCAAACUCAUCACGGCGCUUGCCGUCCUCCAACUGGUGGAACAAGGCAAGGUCGCCCUGGACGACCCUGUGGAGAAAUACGUGCCCCGGAUAUCGAAGAUGCAGGUUCUCGAAUCCAUCAAGCCAGGACCGGACGGCAAGCUGGACCCCGUCCUGCGGCCUCCAAAGACAAAGCCCACGGUCCUACACCUCAUCACUCACACGCUAGGCCAGGCGUACGACUUUUUCGAGCCCCUCACUCUGGCAUGGCGCGUACACACAGGCCGUCCACCCAUGGGCUACCACAGCGUAGGGGACUGGGAGGACUUUGACACGCCCUUUGUAUCCGACCCCGGGUCCAAAUAUAUCUACGGCAUCGGCAUUGACUGGCUCGGAUGGAUCAUUGAGGCUGUCUCCGGCGAGUCACUCCCGGACUACCUGGGAAACCAUAUCUGCAAACCACUCGGCAUGAAUGAAACGGGUGGGAAGCUCCCACCGGGCAAGAAAAACACGGCCGUCGUCCACUUCGACAUGGAGGCCCAGGGCCUUGUCGGCAACAAGGAUUUCUUUCUGAACGAAUCCCCUCGACUCUGGGGCGGCGGUGGAUUCCUGUACAGCACAAUGAACGACUACGCGAAGUUACUAGUCGCGCUGCUCAACAACGGUGCGUCACCCACAACGGGGAACCAAAUCCUCAAGCCCGACACCGUCAAGGACUAUGUCUACAAAGACCUGCUCGGGCCUGAAGUCGAUCGUUCCGCGCUAGGCGAAAUCGGGUCGACUAUCCCCAUAGCGACGCUUGAGGGGACGUUUUUCCCGUCCAUGCCCGUGGAGAAGAAAGGCUGGUCCGCCGGGUUCAUGCUCAACCAUGAGGACCUGCCGUACGGGCGAAAGGCCGGCAGCGGUGCGUGGGCCGGCCUGGGCAACCUGUUCUACUGGGUCGACCCGGCGACGGGCAUCGCUGGCAUGAUUGGCACGUCUCUCUUGCCCUUUGUGAACCCGACGGUGAUGAGGUUGUUUGACGAGAUGGAGCGAGUCGCCUAUGGGCACAACGUUGCCGGCGAGGGCGGCGUCGAGGACGAGAAGAGGAGUUACAUGCCCAAAAAGAAGGCGGAGGUAGCGGCCGCUGCGAGUUAG